GAUCAAAAGCCAAGCACAAGUCCUGAGCUAUUUGCCAAUCAUUGGAACAAGAAGGAGGCUUUAGGGUUGCAAUGGCAAAUAAACCACAAAUGGAAGUAUACUUUGUUUUCAUGAAUUUCGAUUCCGAGUUCGAGCGCCUUCGAGCCGAUCGAUCGUCAAAAGGCGAAGACGCUCUUCAUGAAUAUUUGAGCAACAAGCAUGACCACCUCCUUGCGAGGCUCCUCCAACCAAACACCUACAAGAAGAGGUUUUCUUUGGCGAUCGUCGAUGGUUUCGCUGCUGAAAUGACACAAUACCAGGCAGAGAUAUUGAAAUCAGCCGAGGAAGUGAGGGUGGUAGAAAAGAACCAAGAGCUUGCUUGAUUCCAUGAGAAGUAUCUUAGUCAAUAGGAGGUGAGAAGGACUAGAAAAUUAAAUAAAUAAUUAGGUAAGUAAAUGUACACUGUGAUGUAUGUUUACUAGCUAGUCCUUCAAGUUGGCAGGUGAUAAAGUCAGCUUUUAUAUGGUUUGUUAGUGGAAUACUAAUUAUUAAUUAGACUAAUUGAAAUGAGUUGGUAAUUAAAGGGCUUCAUUGACCUCUUAAUGCCACUUGUGAUAAUUAAGUGAAAUGUUUCUUAAUUUGUAUUUGGUUUAAUUUGUCUCAUAAUUAAACUGAAUUAAUCUUUUGACAAUAGGAAGAAAGAUUAGUUCUUUAACUUUGUUGGCUUCUUA